AUGGCGCCUAGAUUGCGGUGGCUUGUAGCUGCUUUGUUCUUAAUUCUGAAUUCUUAUGUCCAUCUUACUUCUGCGUUUGUGAUACAUGCGCGGAACGAGACCAGCGUAAUACGUGAACGCAUAAGUCUGAAUUCAGCGUGGCGCUUUCUCCGCAGCGAAACAAACCCAGACGGCUUGACCUACGACAUCCGCCCUGACCAAGCAAAUUUGACUCUGGAAAUCCUCAAACCAUGGAUUCUUCCAGCCGCCAACCAAUACAUCGCAAACCCGGCCGACAGAUACCAAGUUCCAGAUACGGAACCACCAGGGAGUGAUGUUGCGUACCUGCAAAAAGGUUUCGACGACGGUGCAUGGGAGACCGUAAUCCUGCCACACGACUGGGCCAUCGCAGGGCCGUUCUACACGGAUGAGGACGAUCCAGUGGUAGGUGGUGGCAUGGGCCGUCUUCCAAUCCAAGGAGUAGGAUGGUACCGACGGAACAUUUCGUGGACAGAAACAGAAUCUGCUCUGGGAAGGCUGGCAUACCUCGAUGUCGAUGGAGCAAUGUCGUACGCGAUGGUGUGGCUGAACGGAAAAUUGGUUGGAGGCCGGCCAUACCCGUACAACUCGUUCCGUCUAGACCUUACACCCUAUCUCGAGCCUGGAGACGACAAUUUACUAGCUAUCCGGCUGGACAACCCUAACGAGUCAGCUCGCUGGUAUCCUGGUGCCGGCAUUUAUAGGAACGUUUGGCUCACGAAGACAUCUUCGGUACAUGUUGGUUAUGAUGGAACCUAUAUCACGACGAGCGAUGUAUCUUCAGAUUCAGCGACUGUUGAGCUCAGUGUACAGAUCUCAAAUCAAGGGUCAGCAGCCGGCGGAGUUGAGGUCGCAACAGAUGUACAUGUUUUCAAUCCCGAAUCCCGCAAGUUAGGUGACAAGGUCGCUGAAUUCUCGCGGUCUCCUGUCCCUCUCGAGCCUGGGGCCAGUCAGUCCACCAAUGCUUCAAUCACGAUACAGAGUCCUAGGCUAUGGAGUCCGGAGGAUCCAAAUCUUUACGCCGCCGUUACGCAUGUAUACUCCAACGGGACCGAGGUCGACACCUACGAAACUUUGUUUGGAAUCCGCGCCAUUACUUACGAUCCCGAUCAAGGUCUAUUGGUCAACGGUAGAAACAUUAAAAUCCAAGGUGUAAAUCAACACCACGAUCUUGGUGCCUUAGGAGCCGCCUUCAACGUCAGGGCAGCCGAGAGGCAGCUUGAGAUCAUGCAAGAAAUGGGUGUUAAUGCUAUCCGUUUCUCCCACAACCCUCCAGCACCGGAGCUGCUGGACUUGACAGAUCGCAUGGGAUUUCUCGUCAUGGAUGAGAUAUUUGACUCUUGGCAGCUCAACAAGACUGAUAACGACUUCCACCUGAUUUUCGACGACUGGCAUGAAGCGGAUCUGCGGUCCAUGGCUCGUCGCGAUCGCAACCAUCCGUCUAUCUUCACGUGGAGCUACGGUAAUGAAGUCGGCGAACAGUAUACUAAUGAGACUGGCGCUGAGUUGUCCGCACGACUUCGUGAUAUUCUCCGCGAGGAGGAUCCAACUCGCCUCUCCUCGGCUAGCCAAAACUAUGCGACUCCAGACCUUCCAUGGAGUGAAGUCGUAGACUUAUUCUACCUGAACUACCAGGGCGCUGGAAUCAGGGACACAGUGGCCUAUGGCAAUAUGUCUGGUAUUCACACGGCCCCCUUGUACCCAGUGUACCACGCCAAAUUCCCCGAGAAGAUGAUUCUGAGUUCCGAGACUGCCUCCACUCUGAGCACAAGGGGCACGUACAUCUUUCCAGUCACGGCCUAUAAUUCCGCCCCAAUCAAUGACACAUCCGGCGGCGACUCUGUUGGACGGAAAGUCAGCGACUACGGGCUUUACACAGCAAACUUCGGGUCAUCCCCAGACAAGGUUUUUGCCGCUCAAGACGCCAAUCCUUUCGUUGCUGGAGAAUUCGUCUGGACCGGUUUCGACUACAUCGGCGAGCCCACGCCGUACUACACAACCCGUAGCUCCUACAGCGGUAUCGUGGAUCUUGCUGGAUUCAAGAAGGAUCGAUUCUACCAGUACCAGGCACGAUGGAGACCUGACUUGCGGACUACGCACAUCUUGCCUCAUUGGUCCUGGCCGGAUAGAGUUGGUCUUGUAACGCCGGUGCACGUCUUCUCAGAGGCAGACAGUGCUGAGCUGUUCCUAAACGGAGAGUCACAGGGCAGAAAAACCCGGGCAGACGGCGAGUAUCGCUUCCGCUGGGAUGAGACUGUCUAUCAGCCAGGUGAAGUGAGCGUCGUGACGUACAAGGGAGAUGAUUUCUGGGCCAACGCGACCGUUCACACGGCAGGAGAAGCUGCUGGGCUUACGUUGAGCGCUGAUCGCACUGAGAUUGAAGCUGACGGGCUUGACUUGUCCUUCGUCACGGCUACUGUUGUGGAUAGCAGCGGUGAUGUCGUUCCGUAUGCCAAUAGUUCCAUCAGCUUCAAGGUUGAGGGACCCGGCGAGAUCGUCGCGACAGACAACGGUGAUCCGGCGGAUUUCACCCCGUUCCCUUCCCUCGAGCGCAAGGCAUACAGUGGCCUUGCCCUGGCUAUUGUACGUUCCACGGGCCCAGGAACAAUCACAAUCACAGCUGUCAGUGAAGGGUUGACGAGUGGCGAGGGAUCGAUCGAGGCCAAGUAA